AUCAGACGAGAAACACCAGAUGCUGAUUUUCCAUCUAUAAGUCAGAUUGUUCAGUUUAAACUGAUGAACACCACACCUGUCAGGUUUGUUGUUUUGUUAUUGAAUCAAUACCUCUCUGAAGCAGGUUUAAGAAAAACUGAAUGUCACGAAUAUCAUGCUUGUGACAAUGUGAAUAUCACUUUACAAACACAGCAGAACAAGUUCAGCCUCAGUUACAGCAUGUUAAAUCACCUGAUAUGAGUCUUGGAUGAGAACUGAGCGGAGGGAGGAAACCUUGGCGCUGCGGUCCUCCCCUCCUGCCUAUAAGACCCCGGGUCUCCUGAAGUCGGUCCACACUGACAGGAUGCACUCGCCAAGCCGCCCUCCUGCCACAACCCAGACGCUGAAGGUGUUCUGUGUCCGAAUAUGUGUGUUCUAUUCCAUCAUGUGUCUUGCGGGCUGGCCGGUGUCCUCAGAGGCAGCCAGGCUUCGCUGUGGUUCUGAUCUCCUCAGCGACCUCAUAUUUGUGUGUGGGGAUCGUGGAAUCUAUUUAGGUAAAGGUAAGUGGUCUGGUUACGGCACGCGGCCCAGAGGGAAGGGGAUAGUAGAUCAGUGCUGCCGGCCAGCUGGCUGUGAACUUCAACAUCUGGAGCUGUACUGUGCUAAACCAAAGAGCCAGCAGUACACCACAGCUUACCCAGCCAUGACCACAGCAUCACACACCACCACACAGACAGCCAUGGAAAAGCAGUUUGAAGCAGUAUUUCAGAAGAGACUCUUGGGGCAUCUAGGCGCUCCCAACAGUCCAAAAAGGGAAGCAUAUAGAAAAACACAGCCGUCACUUCAACAGAGAAGCAAAGUUUCAUCAUCACACAGGAGGAUUAAAAACACACGGAGCACAACCAGCAGGCCUCCCUCAGCCCUUCAAAGAACAAUGAGAUCUGAAUCAUGACCUUCAACCUCAUGAAAAGCUGAAGAUUUAUCAUUACUGGAUUGGACCCAGCAAGUUUGAAAGACUGCGUCUGUCUGCUCAGUAGGGGCUGCAGUGAUGGAGAAUCCCCCUGAAGCUCCAGGUUGUUAACUGAUUUGGAGGGAAACACAUGGACCCAGUUGAUAUGUCAUACUGGCAGACAUAUUGGAGGUCCUCAGCUCCAGGAAAUGGCAAUAGACACCUGAAGUCCUGCCACCAGGAUUUCAAACUUUCAAUGAGCCUCUCUUUCAUCCGUCUUUCUGAUGAUAUCCACCCACACUCUUUAAUAUCACCAUGCCAGUGUUUGUCAGUAUGUCACUGGCCUUUAUUUAUUGCUUUAUCUAUUAACUGCUAAAUGUCAAACAGUCUACUAUGGGCUAUUAAAGUUAACCAUACUAGACAAAUGGAAAGUGCCACAUAUUGACUCUUAUUCAUUUGUCUUAUUACUGAGCUAAACCUUUAAUACCCUAGUGAGCUUUUGGUACUUUGUUGUGUUUUCACUGUAUUUAAAGAAUUGGUAGGUGAUUUUGUUUUAGUUUUUUAACAUCACAUGUCAUAAAUAUCUAUAUAUAUAUAAAUUGGGGCAGCUCUGGCUCAGGAGGUACAGCAGUCGUCUCCCAACAGGAAGGUCGGUGGUUUGAUUCUUGCUCUCCUCACUCCACCUGUCAACGUGUCCUUGGGCAAAAAACUGACCCCCAAGUUGCUCCUGAUGGUGCUAGCUUUGACAGAACGUGAAUCAUGAUGUCACUGAGAUGUGUGUGAGCUUGUUAGCCACUAUAGCUAAUGAUAGUUCCUCUUUAGUUGAAUGCCUGUUUAACACUGUAAUUUAAAGUUUGUGACACACCUGCAAAGUCUGUGGAAUAGUAGACUGCAUCUCCCAGUACAUUGACUGAGUGACAGUGUGUAGCUUUACCCUGUGUUUUGGGUCCAGACAUUAGCAGAAUGUACUGAACAAGACUGUGUAUCUACUGAAUGGGCUUGAAUCAACCUGCUGUUACUUUUAUUUCAGUUGUACUUAUUUUGUUUUUAGAUUAUCUAGUUUCAAUUUUUGUGUAUGAACACAUUUUAUGUAAAACACUUUGAAUGCGUCCCCUGUUUAUUUCAC